AUGGAGAAGAACUUCAUACGAUUGGAGACCAGAGAUCGACGUGUAAUCGCCAUCGAUCUCAAGGUGCUGCAGCGAUCGAUGGUGAUACAAAACAUGCUGAAAUACUGCGACCUCGAUGAGGGAAACGAACUGAAGCUUGCCAUGCAUGGCAUCAAUUCCGAAGAGCUCCUCAAGAUUCUACUGUGGCUGGAGUUUCACAAGGACGACGAGGAGCCACAGUGGGUGCAGUCCAAAAUAGAACCCGAAGACGUUGAAUACCAGAUCGAUGACUGGGACAAGGAGUUCCUCAGGGAGAAGCUGCCGGUUGUGCGAUCGAUAAUGCAGGGCGCCGAUUAUCUCGAAAUACGUUGGUUGCUCAAGCUCUGUGCUCGCAAAUUGCGCAUUCGUGGCUCAAGCGAACUGUAUCUGCAUGUUAUGGGAACCAUUUCGCCGUUAGAUUAA